GUCUAGUGAUGCCCUUCAUGGGCUGAGCAACAGAGAAGGCAGCGGGGCAUGCAGAGAUUGGAAGUUUUGGCAAUUUGCCACCCAGUCCAGUUUGAACACAUGUGUGGUAUACAAUUGCGGAAGAGUGGUGCUCAUUACAUUUCUUACCCGGCGACUUAUACUUUGGAAGUAUCAAAAAAACAGUACUGUCAGUCCACGCUUCUGACCGCUUCUCAGUUUCUGUAAGCCAACCAAGGACCUCACGCUGUCUUCGUUUAGCGUAAUCCUGAAGCUACGAGGAGUGAAUCUGCGCCACGAGCGGCUCGCUGCCAUUAGAGCCCUUUAGAGUGCUGGUUCCAGCAACCAGAGCUCUGCGAAGCCGAAUCAACCAUUUCAAGCAAGGACGCUAGGUUAGGAGGUACUGAGGAAUGUCAGCAGCAGUAGAAGCGACGCCAAACUCGCAAAACAUGGAGAAAGAGCGGACUUCUGGAGGCAGCAACCGCAGCCAUAUCCGGAUGUCCAAGGUCAAUACCAAGCUGAGGGAGGUGCUAAAGCAGUAUGAUAAGGACGGUGACCAGAAAAUCACGCGACCAGAGCUGGAGGAGGUCAUCAACCAUCUGGUGCGCGAGCAGUUCCAAAACAAAAUAUUUCUAGGCCUCCUGCUCGGCCUCGUCGUCUACUUCGUCCUGCUGCUAGGCUCCCUGUUUGCGCUCACUUGGGCGGUGAUGCUUGCGCAGAAGGACACGGAGGUGAGCGGCAACACGUGGGUGGUGAAGGGCACCAGCACGCCCAUCUCGCUGGGCAUGUCGGACAUCUCCGUCGCCAACAGCAGCCUGGUGCUGCGCGGCAGCGGCGGCGGCGCCGGCAACAGCAGCAGCGUCACGCGCCUGUCCACCACCGUGCCCACCGUCAAGAUGGCGGUGUACGAGGGCGUCUCGUACGAUGACCUGUUGAAGAUCGACCACAUCGUGGUUCAAGGCAUGCAGCUGCCGCCUCAGGUGGCUGUGACUGCGCAGGCCAAGAUGUCGGUGCUGGGCGUCACGCGGGCGGCUGUCGCCGCGGCCUCCGGCGCCACCAGCACUGCGCUGCGCGUGGAGACCAAGGACGGAGUGCUGGUGCUGCAGGGCGGCGCCUGGUACCUGGAGGGGACCGGCGGGAUGCUGCUGGCGGCCACGGGCAUGCUGGGGUCCGUCAACGGACAGCGGGCACCCAUCCAGGGCCCGGCCGCAGGGGAGUCCUACACUGUCUAUGGCUACAGCACCCACACGCUGAACGGCGCGGCCUCGGCGUCAUGCACCUCGCGCGUCAACGCCACCAGCUGCGGCGCUGCCUACACCGCCUGCGGCUCGCCCACUUGGCCGCGCUUCACGUCUAAGAACUUUGCUCUGUGCGAGAAGGCCAACUACAGCACGCUUGCCACCACCGCCUCUUUCUGCUGCUAAUCAAUGGCUGAAGGGGGGCGCGAGGCAUGGGCCAGGACCAGGCCGGACCGCUACUUGAAGCUGUUCUGUAUUGCGUGGUUAGUCCACAAACCAUGAGGGUGACGCAUGCCAUAACAUCGCGGGACAGACCAAGCGCGCAUGGACUGUGCAUUGUGUUGCAUGGGCGGAUAUGAUGACAUGGCGAUUACUGCCGCGGUAUUGCGAAGGCUGGCCUGGACACACAACAACAUGGGUGCGAAAUUAGCACGGUGGGCUUAGUCACAGCGAUGUGGGUUGCUUGCUUGUUGAGCAGCUGCUGCGGAACCAUUAGGCCGACAAUCAGGACCGGCACAAGUUAUUCCUUUAUUGCCAUAUGCAUUACAAAGACCCGUGCUUUUUGGCGGGGAUUCUUAAUUAGCGCGUGUUGACCAUGCUCUGCCUCCCAGAAGCCCUUUGCUUCCUGCGUUGCUUGGCAGCGGGGUGGAGCUUCUAUGGAGGUGGCGCCCCGCAGGACGCGGCAGAGGAGGCAUCUUCGAUUGCCUGUUCGUUCUGUGUGCGCGUGGCCCUGACACCCGGUUGAUAGGUGCAAGCUCACGCUGCAGCGGAGGCAUGGAGCGGGGGAGCGCGUGCCGGAUGGAGAAGAGUGAUGUGCGCCAUCCAUCGUCUUUAUCAAGCAGGCUGAGCAUCAUGGUCGUUGAUUGGUGCGGCAGUUGGGCACCCAGGCGCUCGUGCGCACCCGUGCUGCCUUUUAAAGACGUCUGGCGUGUGUAUGCCACAGACACGGCCAUAAGCACUCACUUAUGACGACUCGUAAUCUAUAGCAAUGGGGCCUUGCUUAGUUCGUGCAUUUAAUUCAUAUACACAUCUGUACGCAUGUCCCAUUCCGCAUCGUUAUUAGGGCAGCCCCAACGCUUCGAACUGUGGGAUGAGCCGAUAGACCGGUUCAUUAGAUGCCUGAUUCUAAUAAUGCCAUAAUAUGGACGAUUGAGAGUGGGCUCGCGGGGGGCCUGCAAACCUCGUGGGGCUCCUGUCCUGGCGUGUAAGUUGCUGACUGUCACUGUCCAGCCGACCUCCGUGGCAUCCGUGGUGAGGGCAUCCGAGGCCGGACGGCCUGAGCUCAUUUGACAAGUUAAUUGCGCCUAGUGCCGGUUAAAGGGGUAGCCUAAGACUAGCUUGGCGGCACGGGGAAGGGGGUGCGGGGCUGGGUAGCUUGGGGCGCUUCGCCAUGGGAUUUGCACCGUUCCGGCCUAGGCGAAGACCAAACACAUUGUUGCUUUGUGUGGGAACGCGGCGACUGCAAGAGAGCCAAUGUUCCGGUUAGCUGGACAGCAUGGCUGGCCAGUGACACUGUGACAGUCCGCUGGCGUGGGUGGGCUGUAUCGAUGCCUCGCC